GGACUAUUGAGCUGGCUGAAAAACACCGAGCAAUCAGGACUUUAUGAGUAUAAAGUCUUCGGUGGUCUUGCUGACUGUCCCCCAAAACUGUUCGUGGAUGUCUAUAUGGAUUUAAAAUUCAGAAAACAAUGGGAUCCGUACGUUAAAGAACUAUAUGAGAAAACAUGUGAUGGUGAAAGAGUGAUCUACUGGGAAGUGAACUACCCUUUUCCUUUCUCAAACAGAGAUUAUGUCUAUGUUCGUGAAUGUCGAGAGAUGGCUGUUGAUGGACGGAAGAUCUGGGUUGUGUUAGCUGAAAACGUGUCUGUUCCUCAGUUCCCUGAAAAGCCUGGAAUUACCAGAGUUAAAAGCUAUAAACAAAGUCUGGCAAUUGAAAGUGAUGGCAAGACUGGAUCGAAAGUCUAUAUGUACUAUUUUGAUAAUCCUGGUGGCAACAUUCCAUCAUGGCUGAUCAACUGGGCUGCCCAGAGUGGCGUGCCUGCUUUCUUGAAGGAUAUGCAAGAAGCUGGCCGUAAUUAUUCUAGGAGCAUGUAGGUCAAAGUUGAUCUGAAUUGUUUAAUUCCUAGAGCUUUGCACUUACAGGAGUGGCUGUUAUAUAUUACACUGGACAGAAUCUGCCUCUAA